CAGUUAACACAGCAACAAAAACAAAAUGAAGUUCCUCAGUCUCGCAGUUGCCUUUCUCCCCCUCCUGGCGGCCGCUGCCCCUGUCGCAGACCCCGAAGCCGAAGCAGAUGGUAGUGGAGAGCUGGACCUUGAGAAGCGCCGAUCCGCGCAGACUUGCAAGAUCGUCAACGUCGAUCACUAUGUCAACUGCCGGUACGACGCGAAGCUAGACGCCGGCGCGAUCUUUGGGUUCCCCAAGGGGGACAAACUCACCUUUGCGUGCUGGAAGCACGGCGAUUGCUACAACGGGGUUUGCUCCUGGGAUCAAAUUACUUAUCUCAAGACGACGUGUUAUGUGAAUGGGUACUUUACCGAUAGUAAUUGCUCAAGCAAAAAACUCCCCAAAUGCGACUAGACCUUGACGGUGAUGUCGCUGUGUGAUGCUGCUAGACACCUGAUAUAGUUAUCAUGAUGGUUUAGAUAUCACGAUGGGAGUUGUAUCACUACGCAAGUCGCUUUCAGAUCCCUUUUCCUAUACCCCGUGAAUAUGAUGUCGAGAUAGAGACAAUACAUGGCAUUUACCC